GCACAAAGUCCAACUUCUUUCUCCUUCUAGAUAAAUCCUACACAAAUCCGUUUCUACACAAAUCCUUUUCUGCACAGAUUUUCUCUUGCAUCUUCCAAUUUGUGUCUCUGGAAGUGUCCAUCUUCGUGUUCACCCUCAAUUUGUGUCUGUCCAAGUUCACCCUUGAGGUGUAAAUCAUGCGGGAAUAUAAUGGGCAAUGUCACAUUGCAUAUGUCGAACUAUUUGCCAUUAGCAUUAGCAUGGGAUAUAAAAUGACACAACGACUUGGCAUAUAUGCAAUCACUCCUGAAAUACCUGACUGGACCUGUAAAGUGCAAGUUGUGGACAUAUGCAAACCAGGAGAAGGUACUCAUCGAAAGAUAAAAUAUUUGAACAUGAUCUUUCAAGAUGAACAGGAAGACCAAAUAAAAGCUAUUAUUUAUGGUGAUGAAAUCUCCUCUUAUCAAGAUAUAUUCAAGCUGUUCCACACCUAUUUGAUAGCGGGUGCGCGCAUACAAGUACCAAAUUUGAGAUAUGAAAGACCCUUGCAUACAUUUGAGUGGAUUAUUGACAAAAAAACCAUAGUUGAUCCGAUUGAAAAAGAUAAUCCAGAUGAGGAUGAAUUGCCACCGCCCACAAAGCUGAAUCUUACAUCAUUUGAAGACAUCAACAAUCAGGCCUCCCAGUCUACCAAAGAGCAGCUUAAGGACGUAGAAUUUAAUAUACUCGCAAUUGUUGUCCGCUGCUUCCCGCCAAGGUUUGUUGCAAGAGUCCAAAAAAGAUUGCAAGAACUCAUUCUCAUCGAUACUGACAAACAAGCUUUGACCUUCACACUAUGGGAAGACACUUUUAUUGAGGACGAAGGCAAGAAACUCCUUGACCAAUUCGAAAAACGUCCUAUUAUCUUUGCCAGGCGUAUUGGGGUAUCCAAGUACAAUGGUACAUCGUUGACAACAAAAUUUAACACCACAAUACAAAUUGAUCCCCCUUAUUCCCAAUGCCUACAAUUGCACACAUGGGUCAAAGAAAACAGAGAAAUGCUUGCUUCUUUCAGCCUGAGGAGCACAUCUGAAUCUGGAUCUCUUAUUAGCGUUUCAGUAGAUGAACAAAUAGUCCCAAUUGCAAAUGUUCAAUCACAACAGGACGGGCAUUCCUUCUCCAUUGAGGCAAAAGUAUCACUUCCAGAUAAACUCAAAAGUUGCUAUGUUUUAUUAUGUCCCGACUGCAAACAAGAAGUCAGAGGCUUAAUAAAAAGAAAGUUUCUGUGUAUGACUUGUGCAGAUUUGAUGUAAAUCUCCAAGAUGCUUCCGGAUAAAUAAUUGGGAUAAUUAUGGACAAAGAAGCAGAAAAAUUAUUAUCCCUUACCACAGAUGAGAUUUACGACCUUGCUUCAAAUGAGGAUGAGUUGCUACCAAUGCAGAAUAUUCAAAGCAAGCUAAAUCAGAACUUUUACAUAAUUCAAGUGAAAAAAUUAUUCUCCCGCACUUCUCAUGCAACAUCUGGAAAAUUGUACAUUUUGUCUUGCACUGAAAAAGGAAAAAUGGUGCAUUCUCUCCCUGAAUCAUCAAAAACUGACAUUGAAGAAGGCAACAAAAGGAAAAAGAAACAUUUAGUUUCUUUUGAUGAAGAAACAGAAGUACCAACCGAGCGACGUCACUCGCUCAAGCUGAAACAAAAACUGGAGCCAACAACUCCAGUAAAAAAGAAAUAAAGGUCACCAAAAAAUUCUCUUUCUUAUUUCUUGUAUGAAUAUAUUUAUAUUAUAUCUUUAUACCCUCUUUCAUUCUUUCUGGUAAACAUAUUUGCAGGAUAACCCUUUUUUGCAAUCACUUUUGCGUUUUGCGGAACAAAGCUCUUUUGUAAGGAAAUCAAUUCUCUUUUGAAGCUUGCUUUUGACUUUUUGUCUUGCAACUACAUGUUCCAACAGCAUAUACAUCCAUCAAACAAAGGGAUUUAGUCUGUCAAUUCAUCCUCUAUGAAAUUCCAAUACAUCUUUCUUACUGUUCCAGUUCAUGGAAAAUAUGCUGCUGGAUUCCUUAAAUUCUGUUGUAAUGACACUUUAUGUUGGCUCAAGAGACAACUUGAGGAUUCUUGUGAGCCUGCACAAGUAUAUUCCCACAACUGGAGUCUGCGGAGGGUACAUGAAACACAGAGGACAUAUCUUGAAGUACUUCUGAAUAAUCCAAAAGUGCACUUUGCAGCUACCACAAUUAUAUGGUUGCACAAUUAUGAAUCCAAGCAUAAGUUUUUGAAGUAAAGUUUCUCAAGAUGGGAAAGGGUAUUUUGCAUAUGACCAUAAUAGUUUCUCUUCUUUUCUCUUUGCAAUUGGAUGAAGAUCCAGUUUCUUAUGAGGAUUUUGCUAGAAUUCAAGAUUUUUUAGUGCAACCACAAUCAUUUUCCCCAACGCUGGAUGGAUCAGCAUGUGAAACUAUCAAAUAGUGGACUACUGGUUUAUCGGGAUAUUGUACAAGUUUCUCCUCUCAUUUCCACACCAGAUCGUACCCGCUUACACCAAGAACAUCAAAAAUUUCACAAACUUUUCUCUUUCUAGCAAGCUUGGCAAUGUAAUAAUAUAACUUUGUUCCGUACAAUAUGAAGCAUAUUAUGUUAUAGGUAAUAUAUAUUACCAAUAAGAAAAUGCCUUGCAAAGGUCAAAUCACUUUUA